CUGAAAUAUUAUUUUAAUAUGUCAACAGAUUUUUCAGUUGAUGACAAAUUGGGUUUGUUAGAAAAUACAAUAGAUUAUUUUUGGACUUAAUUUGCAGGGUAUUUAUUGAUAAUGAAAUUAGAAUCGUUGUUUUGUUAAUGUAACUUGGAUUUGCAUUUUUAGAGGGUGGAUGUGUAAGAUAUAAAAAUAUGUAAUCAAUAAUGAUAAAGGUGUAUUUGAAUACAUGUAUAGCAAUAAUUUGUUGGUGGCUUGUAAAAGUGAAAAUAGAUAUUUAAGGUUGGUUAUGGUAUAUGUAUGGGACAUGGUUAAUUUGCUGGAACAGAUUACUAUGCAGGUAGUAAUUUUGCUGGAACUAAGCAUUAUUCUCAUUGGGGUAAGUUUGGAUAUUAUAUAUAUUUAGUUUUGUAAGCAUCUGUAGGUGCUGCAGCAAAUAGUAUUGUAUCUGGAGGAGCAGUUGAAAGAAUGUCAAUAAUUGGUUAUUGUUUUUUGAGUGUAGCAUUUUCAUCAUUUAUAUAUCCAAUAUGUGCUCAUUGGACUUGGGGAGGAGGUUGGCUUUAAGAAUUAGGAUAUAUAGAUUUAGCGGGCAGUGGUACAAUACACUUUAUGUCUGCAGUUGGAGCUCUUGUAUUGACAAUUAUGUUAGGAGCAAGAAAAAAUAGAUGGGAUGAGAAAUAUGCAAAUGAUUUUAAUCCAAGUAAUACAACAUAUAUCUGUUUAUCAACUCUUUCAUUAUAUACUUGUUGGAUUUUCUUUAACGCUGGAAGUACUACUGCUUUGUCAGGUACUAUGGCUUAUGCAGCUGGAAGAGCAACUACUAAUACAAUGAUAGCUGGAGCUUCAGGAGGAUUAACAUUAAUGCUUUUACAUUAUUAUAAAAAUAGAGAUGAAAAAGCUAAGUUUAGUUUAGUGAUGAUAUGUAAUGGAAAUUUAGCAGGACUAGUUGCUGUAACAGGUUCUUGUGAUGGAAUAGAAUUAUGGGCUGCUUUUGUUAUUGGAAUAUUAGGAGGAUUAACUUAUUGGGCAUUUGGAAUUUUAAUUCAUAAAUUUAAAGUUGAUGAUCCAGUUGAUGCUUUCCCUAUUCAUGGAGGAUGCGGUCUUAUUGGGGCUUAAUUUCCAGGUUGGUUUAAUACAGAAAAAGGAAUAUUAUAUGGUUAUGGUGCUAAAUAAUGGGGUAUUCAAUUAUUAGGAAGUGUUGUUUGGUUAGGAUGGUCAGUUGUAUUACAUGUAGUAGUGAUCUUUUUAUUAAAAAUUUUGGGGUUAUUAAAUGUACCUCCUGAAGUGGAAGAAAAAGGUCUAGAUUAUGCUUAAUGUGGGGGAGGAGGAUUUGAUUAUCAAUUGUUACCACCUGUCUUAAGUAGCAAUGGAUAUGACAAUGUCAAAUCUGCUAUUAAUUAAAAACAAGAUAAUAUCCCACAAUUUGGAUAAGAAAAUGAUUAAUAACAAGUUGUUUGA